CUUCCCUUACAACCUCUACCUCCAUCAAUUCACGCAUACAAACAAAACAUCUCAUCUCAGAAGAGAAGAAACACAUACCACCGCCUUUAGGAGCCGUAGUAACUGUGAAUGGAUCAAACAAUUGAUCAGAAUUGUUAUUGUGCUCGUGUAGUGCAAAGACCAGGAAGAAAGAGGAACAAAAACACAAUCACGAAUCACUCAACCACAAAGCAGCCAACGUAUGAGCUCAUUUUCAUUAAACAUUUCACAACUAUCAAACGGCGCCGAGAAUGGUAAUAAGUCAAAUACGAUCGGGAACGAAGAAACGAUGAUCAGAGUGAACGAACGUAUCUCGCCAAUCAAUAUCACUCGUCCAGAUCAGCAAAACAUUUCACGCUCAGUCAGUACUGCCAGCAUCGAUCAAUCACCACCUGAAGGUCAACAAACACAAGAACAAAGUGAUUCAAACUUGGCAAGAAAGGUUACCAGAACACGAACAGGUUGUCUAACGUGCAGAAGGCGGAAAAAAAAGUGUGACGAACAAAGAUGUCCGGAUACAGGUGGCUGUACACGUUGUAAACAGGCUGGAUAUCAAUGUGAAGGUUUUCCACAAUUACUUCAAAUCGAGAAUACGGGAAAAGUGAUCAAUGCAAAUACGCAUGGAAGAAGAAAGAAAUCAUUCCAUGAACCGAACAAACAGAGGAGAAAAUCAACUACAACAAAUUCUGAUCGAUCCAUCUUGUCAGUAUCUCCGCCUGAACAACAUAAUAGCAUGCAUCCGCAAAAUCGAUUUGGUGAUCCAAUGAAUCAGGGAGAUGCAAAUGGUUUGUUCGCAUUGCAGGCUGCAGCCUCUUCAUUGAUGGCAUCCAGUCCCACUAGGCCAGAACGUGGUAUGCAGGAUCAUUUCGCGCCCAGCUCUUUUGAUUCACAUAUGUCUAUGGGACCAAAUGAUUCUUCCAAUCAUCUUCGUGACCGUACAUCGUCCAUUUCUUCGCGCAUGACCGAUCCGAUCAUGUUGCAGCCAAUGCAAAUUGAUUCACAUUCAAACAAUCAAAUGAUGAUGACCAAUGGGCCUCCAAAUAUUCCAUGCGCAGGACAAACACCUUCUCGAUAUGUUCAUCAAAAUGGAGGAGUGAUGAUGCAAAAUGAUUCUUCGCCAGGACAAGGAAGCAAUGUCAACAAUUAUGUGGGCGGAAGUGUUUGCACGUUUAUCGGUGAAUGCAUUUUGGUUGGUAGGCAAAUCUGUACGAGCUGUUUAUCAACGAUUGAACCUUUGUUUUCGCCAUCUGAUCCUACACCGAAUUUUCAAUUACCUACGCCUACUUCAUCAGUUGGUGGUACAUCUGCUUUUUCUCCGCGAGAGUCGCGCCAUCAACCCGUCAUGCAAAGUUUGAUUGGAUAUUAUUCAGCCGUAGUGACGUGUUGGAUCGAAGGUUGUUUCCCACAAGACAUUGCCAAUUCGUCAUUCUUUCGUGAUUUGGUUCAAUAUUUGAUUUCAAACAUUGAUGAGAAUGAAGCAUUGAGGCUAUCAGUUGCUGCAGUCGCAUCUGGUUAUAUCGGAGGAGGACAGUUACAAUGGCCAGAAGAUCUUAUUGCGAUCAAACGGUGGACUAAUACAUUACGACAAGAUACGACAGAAUUGGUGGAUGUCACUGUGAGCAUGACAGGUCAAUCUACUGCCAAUCGAAGGGAUCUAGAAAAUGCAAAUGGACCGGACAAGCUUGCACGUCAUACGUACAUCGAUCGACAUUUGAGUAAGCAUGCGAUGCUGUUUUAUAGAAUGGCAAAAAGAGCAGUAGAGGAAGCUAUUCAGCGUGCAAGUAGAGAACCAAGCCAAUACUACCGUGCGAGUGGUUCACGAGCAGCCAGCGCAAAUGAUACAGAUUCAGACUACGUCGAUCCUUCCUUGGCGAAGAAGUACAAUAGCAUUCUUGUCGCAACGGUGAACUUGUGUAUCUUUUCAUGGGCAGAAAUGUCUAUCGAAACGUACUACGAAGAUUUUGAUUUGGUUUUGCAAGCUGCUCAUACACUCUUUGGUGGAAUUCGUAGGGUCAAGUUAGCCUAUCUCAAUUCCUUAGACACGAUUGGACUGGCAAUCGUUUGUUGGGCUGAUACGUGUGCUUCGAUUGCACGAGGAACGAGACCAUACUUUGAACUUGAUGAAAGUCCACUUACCGAAGAAGAGAAACAAGUUUUAAUCAACAGUCCAAAUGCUGCCGCACAAUUUGCUUUUCAUUCGUUCAAUUGCCCUAGCGCUUUGUUUCAAUGUUUGAACGAUUUAGCACGUUUACGAUUCGAUUGUAAAGCAGCACCGCAAAGAGGAUGGAAUGGGGGAAACACAGAAGGUGGGAGACAAUCUUCUCCUUUACCGGCUUUUUUGGGUCAUCGUGCUGCUCAAUUAGAUGCUCGUCUGAAAGCAUUAUCUGUUGAGACUCAACAUACGCUAGAUCCGAAUGGAAAUCGAACUGCAUUAACAAGACCAGAUGGAACAAGCUUGGAUCAUGCCGGAUCACCAAAUUGCAGCGAAAUGACACGAUUAGCAUGCGUUUUGAUUUUAUAUACCGGUAUUUAUCAGAAAGGUCCUCUUCAUCCAACAUGCAAAUUUGCACUACAAUCAAUCGUUCAUCUUUGGACAUACGGAGCAAGUGGAUUUUGCAAAGAUGUUGGUUGUAGUAAUUACCUUUUACCUGUCUUUAUGGCAAGCGUGGUAGCAUGCGAAACCCGUGAUAGGUUAUUGUUGGAAGAAGCAAUGAACAUUGUUGGUCAUAAUGAAGCAGUUGCAGAUGCUUCAAGACAAGCCGUCAAAGAGGUUUGGAAAAGAACAGAUGAAGAUGGCUUCCCGGCUUUAUGGACUGAUGUCGUUCGACCUGGGUCAAUGACUGUGGCAUUCUUGUAAUCCUAUUUACCCUUUCCUCUCAUUGUAUAUUACCGCCCUCAGGACAAUUACCCACUGUACAUAUAUUCACA